UUUGUGCUGUUGCCACCUGUUGUUGUGUUGUUUGUGCUUCCCACCACCACGACGAUGUCGUUCAAGCCAGGCGAGGUGGACGAUCUGGCAUCGCUGCCUGACCUGAACCAGGAAGUGUUGUUGCGAGAGCUCAAAGUUCGCUAUGAACGCGACACCAUCUACAGCUAUGUUGGCGACAUCCUUGUGGCUGUCAAUCCGUUCAAGCAGCUGCCCAUCUACACCACGGCUGUUCAGGAAGAGUAUCGGAAUGUGCUGCAAAAGGCAGACCGCCCACCACACAUCUUUGCCAUUGCGGACCGUGCUUACUACGACAUGCUGCGCGAUAAGAGGCACCAAUGCUGUGUCAUCAGCGGGGAGAGCGGCGCCGGCAAGACCGAGAGUGCCAAGUACAUGAUACGCCACAUCAUUCACCUCUGCCACUCAGGCACGACGGGCGAGGUGCUUGAGAACCAGAUCCUCCAAGUCAAUCCCCUGCUGGAGGCAUUUGGCAAUGCCGCAACCAUCAUGAACGACAACUCGUCUCGCUUCGGCAAAUACACAGAGCUCAUCUUCGAUGCAGAGGGCCACGUGUGCGGCGCCAAGAUCUCCGACUAUCUGCUGGAGAAGUCGCGUGUUGUGCAGCAGCAGCACGGCGAGCAGAACUUCCACAUCUUCCACUACAUCUUCGCAUCGCCAUUCAAGGACAAAUACGCCCUCGCCUCAAAGGACGACUUUCCAUACAUCCGUGACGAGCGGCUGUUUAGCGAUCGUGAGGCCGCCCACCAGCACGACAUUGUCACGCGUGCGCUCAAGGAUGUUGGAUUCGAUGACAAUGAGAUGGAGAUGCUGCAUGAUGUGCUCGCCGCCAUCCUUCACCUCUCCCGCAUUGCAUUCUCAGCUCCGGAGGAACAUGACCCUGCGUCGCUGGCAGCGGAUUCUGCGUCCGUGUGUGCGCGCGUGUCGUCGCUGCUUGGUGUUGACGCUUCCAAGCUGCAGUCUGCCUUGCUCACCACGACCACCAUCACCAGGGGAGAGGCAAUUGUCAAGCCAUACACAACCAUGCAGGCACAAGACAGCCGAGAUGCGGCUGCAAAAGAGCUGUACAGGCGCAUGUUCGCCUGGAUCGUCUCCUCCAUCAACGCCAUUCUCGACCCAGAGGGCCAGGCAGCAAAGGCGCAGCCCGAGCAACGCAGCCGCCUUGCACCACCGUCAGCAGACAAGCGCUUCAUCAUCGGCAUUCUUGACAUUUUUGGCUUUGAGAACUUUGAUGUGAACAGCUUUGAGCAGUUCUGCAUCAAUCUCGCAAACGAGCAGCUGCAACACUUCUUCAACCAGCACAUCUUCAAAAUGGAGAUGGAGGAAUAUCGCCGGGAAAACGUUGACGCAACAGACGUCGCAUUCAUCGACAACCAGCCCGUCCUUGACAUGUUUCUGAACCGGCCAAUGGGUCUGCUGGCACUGCUGGACGAAGAAUCCCAUUUCCCGCGCGCAACAGACGACUCGCUUGUUGGGAAAUUCCACAAGCACUUCAGCUCGCACGCCGCCUUCUCUGUCCCGCAAGGUGAUGCGUGUGAGUUCCACAUCAAGCACUACGCGGGCACCGUCAUGUACGAUGGCAUCGGCUUCCUCGACAAGAACAGAGACAGCCUUGCUCCGGACGUUGUGCACCUGUUUGCGGACAGCAGCGUCUCUGUUGUCGCCGAAUCGUUCCAGGCCUCAAUCUCAAGCACGGGACAGAUCAUUCCCAGCCGGGCGCGGUGGUCCAGCAACGUCGGCAAGCGCAAGAACAAAGCAACGUUGAGUAACACGACAAACAAGCGCGCUCUCACCGUCAGUGCCCAGUUUCGCAACUCGCUUCUUCUCCUCGUCGACAACAUGGCUCAACGCGCAUACAAGGUGAUUGCGUACAGUCCCGACACGACAAUUGAGCCUGGCGCAUUCAGCUGCCAGCGUGUUCUUGACACGGCCGGAAUCAGAGACUUUAAGCUCGGCCGCACCAAAGUGUUUCUCAAGUACUACGAUGCAGAGACGCUGGAGGUCAAAGUCACCCGCUUCAAGCAGCUCGCCGUUACCUUCCAGAAAGUUGCGCGCGGGUUCAUCGCCCGGCGAUCGGUUGUGCAGAUGCAGCGGGAGCGGGAACAGCGAGCGGCGCAGACGGUGGAGAUGAUGAAGACAGUCGAGGCAUCUGCACACGCAAUCGCUCAGGACCGAGAGAUCCCGCACAUGGGCCCCUGGACCUUUACUUGCGACCGGCUGACCAUCCCCUGUGGACAGAGCGAUCCUGAUGCUGCUGAUGCGACGGACGCGCUGGUGUCGAUGCCAAUCAAGAUGAAGAAGACGCAGCGCAGGCGCCGCCAGCACAGAACGCCUUCAACCUCAACCACGUGACACCGACAGCAGCUCCGCAUGCGCGCAUGUGCACGUAUGUGUGUGUGUGUAUGUGCAUGCGUGUGUUCGUCUGUAUCGUUGUGUGCAUGUGUGUAACUUCUGCCCAUGAAGCAGUCGGCUCGCGAGUGCACACAUGUGCUCUUGCAUUCUCAUUGUGUGUCGCAGUUGGAUCUCUGCUCGUCUAUUGGGUGUUUGUUUGGUGAUCAUCAAAAUGAAAUGAAAGGCGCAACAACAG